GCCAUGUUGGUCGUGGCCAGCACAGGGGCCGGCACCAGGGGGUUAUUGAAGCAGCUGUCAUGAUGCUGGGGUUCCUGGUGUUGAGGAGAACGGCGCCGGCGCCGCAGCUCCUCCUCCGGCUGCUCAGGUCCGCAACGCUUCAGAGCCACGGAGGUGUCUCCGGCCAGAGCGUAACCACCAGGGGACGCGGGGAGCCGCAGUGGCUGAGAGCGGCCGCCGGGGGGCSCCCCGGAACAUCUUCGGCAUUACCACUUGGUCGAGGGGCAGCCACCUGGGGGCGCCGGGGAGGAUGCACCGAGAACCAGCUCCUGUCUGCUGCCCCCUGUGGACGCCUACCUAUCCCCGAAGAAACCCUCCCGGGACAGGACAGCUGGAAGGGUGUCUCUAACAGGACCGGGCUGGGCAUGUGGGCCCUCGCCACAGCACUGGUGGUUCACUGCUACAGCAAGAGUUCGUCCAACAAAGAUGCAGCCCUGAUGGAAGCUGCCCGUGCCAACAAUGUUCAGGAGGUCAGCAGRUUAUUAUCAGAAGGUGCAGAUGUCAACACGAGGCACAAACUUGGCUGGACAGCACUCAUGGUGGCAGCCAUCAACCGAAAUGACAGUGUGGUGCAGGUCCUGCUUGCUGCUGGAGCUGACCCAAAUCUUGGAGAUGAUUUCAGCAGUGUUUACAAGACUGCCAAGGACCAAGGAAUCCAUUCUUUGGAAGUUCUGGUCACACGAGAAGAUGACUUCAACAACCGGCUGAACAACCGUGCCAGCUUCAAGGGCUGCACAGCCCUGCACUAYGCUGUCCUUGCUGAUGACUACCGCACCGUCAAGGAACUGCUUGAUGGAGGAGCCAACCCCCUGCAGAGGAAUGAAAUGGGACACACACCCUUGGAUUAUGCUCGAGAAGGGGAGGUGAUGAAACUUCUGAGGACUUCUGAAACCAAGUACCAGGAAAAGCAGCGGAAGCGUGAAGCUGAGGAGCGGCGCCGCUUCCCCUUGGAACAGCGUCUGAAGGAGCACAUCAUUGGCCAGGAGAGUGCCAUUGCCACUGUGGGUGCUGCGAUCCGGAGGAAGGAGAAUGGCUGGUACGACGAAGAACACCCUCUGGUCUUCCUCUUCUUGGGAUCAUCUGGAAUAGGAAAAACAGAGCUAGCCAAGCAGACAGCCAAAUAUAUGCACAAAGAUGCCAAAAAGGGCUUCAUCAGGUUGGACAUGUCUGAGUUCCAGGAGCGACAUGAGGUGGCCAAGUUUAUUGGGUCCCCACCAGGCUAUAUUGGCCAUGAGGAGGGCGGCCAGUUGACCAAGAAGUUAAAGCAGUGCCCCAAUGCUGUGGUGCUCUUUGAUGAGGUGGACAAGGCCCAUCCAGAUGUGCUCACCAUCAUGCUGCAGCUGUUUGAUGAGGGCCGACUGACAGAUGGGAAGGGGAAAACUAUUGACUGCAAGGAUGCCAUCUUCAUCAUGACCUCCAAUGUGGCCAGUGACGAGAUCGCACAGCACGCAUUGCAGCUGAGGCAGGAAGCUUUGGAGAUGAGCCGGAACCGCAUCGCUGAAAACCUUGGAGACGUCCAGAUGAGUGACAAGAUCACCAUCUCAAAGAACUUUAAGGAGAAUGUGAUUCGCCCCAUCCUGAAAGCUCACUUCCGGAGAGAUGAGUUUCUUGGACGGAUCAAUGAGAUCGUGUACUUCCUUCCCUUCUGCCACUCAGAGCUUAUCCAGCUAGUCAACAAGGAACUGAACUUCUGGGCCAAGAGAGCCAAACAAAGGCACAACAUCACACUGCUGUGGGACCGUGAGGUGGCAGACGUGUUGGUUGAUGGCUACAACGUGCAUUAUGGUGCCCGCUCCAUCAAACAUGAGGUAGAGCGCCGAGUGGUGAACCAGCUGGCGGCAGCCUAUGAGCAGGACCUGCUGCCCGGGGGCUGUACUCUGCGCAUCACUGUGGAGGACUCAGACAAGCAGCUCCUCAAGAGCCCUGAUCUGCCCUCACCCCAGACAGAGAAGCGUCCACCCAAGCUGCGACUGGAGAUCAUCGAUAAGGACAGCAAGACCCACAAACUGGACAUCCGGGCACCACUCCACCCUGAGAAGGCCAGUGGAAGGCACCACUAGGCGACCUGACUCGUUCAUUAUCCUGCUCUACUCUGGGACUGGACAGGAGUAUCCAAUGACCAUGUAAGUUCCUAGAGCUCUCCUCCAGGAAACCAACAACCUAGACUCUGGGAAGCUACAGGGGGARAGAGUCAUAAAACCAUUCUUAAUUACCAAAACCAGGAAAUUAACCUUGCUACAGUACUUCUAACUGAUCUACAGACAUUUGAAUUUUGCCAGUUUUCCAUGCAGGUGCCCACAGAUUCUGCCUCACUUAGAGCUGUUGUCCCAGCUAAGUGAGCCUGGAAUAAACCUGCAGUUAAUUCAGUCUUCUGUUAGUCACUGAGCAGAUAGAUAGUCUGGACACCUUAUCCCUCAUGGAGGGCAUUCUACAGAUCUGCCAUGUUUCAACCCAGUUUGGCAGAAUGCAGCAAGGCCUGAUGCAUCCCUGGGCACCCCCUGCAGUAGCCACCACUGGUAACCAUUCCGUUCACCCUCCCCUGCUGCCUGGGGGCAGUCCUCCGCACGUUACUGUGGAGGACUCAGACAAGCUGCUCCUCGAGAGCCCUGAACUGCCAGCUUGUAGUGUUAGCUAGUUUCUUUCAGGAAGCAGAAAAUGGAGGCAAAAAUCAAAGUGCCUUGGGUGAUGGGAAAAUGACAUAGCAUGGUCUGAAGCUGUCAGAAACGAGGGCCCAGGCCCCAGCACAUGCUCUGGCAGUCACCAGCUAACCCCUUGGAGCCAUAUCUGCUGCUCCCUACCUCAGUGACUGCUAUUCUUUUGUUGUUUUUUACUUUUUGUUUUGAAAUAAUUUUAAACUUAUAGAAAGCUGCAAAAAUAGUAGAGUUCUCAUGCCUUUUACCUGUUUCUUCUAAUAUUAACAUCUCAUACUACAGUUACCAAAACUAGGAGAUUAACAUUGCUACAGUAUUACUGAUAGGCAGACAUUUGAAUUUUGAGAAUUUUCUCUCAGUGUCCUUUUUCUGUUCCAGGAUCCAAUCCAGGACAUCCCACAUGGCAUUUUAUUGUCAUGUUUCCUUCAUUUUCACCAACUGUGACAGUUCCUCCAUCCUCCUUAUUCUUUGACCUUGACACUUUUGAAGAGUCCUGGCCAGUUCUUUUGUAGAAUGUCCUUUGAUUUGGGUUUGCCUAAUAAUUUCACUUGAUUUCAUCAAGGAUCUACAUUUUUGGCAAGAUGCUCACAGAAACAAGGUUGUACCCACCUAGCAGCAGGUCGUAUUACUUUAAUUGUAAGGCUAUAGUGGUGUGUGAAUUUGCAGGCUGGAGCUGUAGCUCAGUGGUAGAGCUGCUUGCCCAGCAUGCAUGAGGACUUGGGUUAAAUUCCCAG